AUGUCAAGGGUGGGAAUACUAGCGUUAGGCCCCGCAGGAGUCGGCAAGUCAACGUUUUGCAAUUCUAUGAUAGCCUACAUGCAAUCAAUAGGGAGAAGGGCUCAUAUAGUGAACCUGGAUCCUGCAGCUGAACCCACAGAGUUUGAAUUCACAGUUGAUAUAAGAGACUUGAUUUCCCUGCAAGAUGUUCAAGAGGAGCUUAAUUUGGGACCUAAUGGAGCGCUUGUGUAUUGUUUUGAGUUCCUUCUGAAUAAUCUGGACUGGCUGGAUGAAGAGGUGGGACAGUACGAAGAUGAAUAUCUGAUAUUUGAUUGCCCAGGACAGAUUGAACUUUAUAACCAUAUUCCCGUCCUUCCAACCAUUAUAAAGCACUUGCAACUCCAGCUGAACUUUUCACUUUGUGCCACUUACUUACUCGAAGCUUCGUUUGUCACUGAUCGAUCCAAGUUCUUCAGUGGGACACUGAGUGCCAUGUCAGCUAUGAUCCUAUUGGAAUUACCACACAUCAACAUUUUGUCCAAAUGUGACUUAAUCAAAGAUCAAGUGUCAAAGAGGGAGCUCAAGAGGUUCUUGAACCCCGACCCGCUACUAUUAUCUGAGAACCCUACUGGUGGAAACAAGGCGGACUUUAUCAGUACUAAUCCCAAGUUCCAACGUCUGAACAAAGCCAUUGCACGAUUGGUGGACGAUUUCGGGAUGGUCCAAUUUCUUCCUUUGGACUGCAGUGAUCGGGAUAAAACGGACUCCAUUAAGACUAUCUUGAGCCACGCUGAUGAUGUGACCCAAUGGGCAGAAUCGCAGGAACCAAAAGAGCCAAAAGAGUUUGACGAAGAAGAACUUGAAGAGCUUGGAGAUUAA